ACAAUUUUCAUACAAUAUCAUCCACCACCCUGUGCCAAAACCCAACAUGACCCUCCUACUCAUUCCCCUCUCCAUCACAUUAAUCUUCUUGUUUUACAACCUCUACCAACGUCUAAGAUUCAAGCUCCCACCCGGCCCGAGCCCAAAACCGAUAGUCGGAAACCUUUACGACGUUAAGCCCGUAAGAUUUCGUUGCUACGCUGAAUGGGCUCAGCAAUAUGGUCCCAUAAUAUCUGUAUGGUUUGGGUCAAUUUUGAACGUUGUCGUAUCGAACAGCCAAUUGGCUAGAGAAGUGCUUAAGGAAAAAGACCAGCAGUUGGCUGAUAGACAUAGAAGUAGGUCAGCUGCUAAGUUUAGCCGUGAUGGUCAAGAUUUGAUUUGGGCUGAUUAUGGGCCACAUUAUGUUAAAGUUAGAAAAGUUUGUACACUUGAGCUGUUUUCACCUAAGCGACUCGAGGCCCUUAGGCCUAUUCGAGAAGAUGAAGUUACGGCUAUGGUUGAAUCCAUAUUUACUGAUUGUACACACCCAGAUAAGAUUGGCAAAAGUUUGUUGGUGAAAACCUACCUUGGAGCAGUAGCUUUUAACAACAUUACAAGACUUGCCUUUGGGAAACGAUUUGUGAACUCUGAAGGCGUGAUAGACGAGCAAGGGAAAGAGUUUAAGGCCAUAGUAGCAAAUGGGCUGAAGCUUGGUGGAUCUUUAGCCAUGGCAGAACACAUUCCAUGGCUUCGUUGGUUUUUCCCACUUGAAGAAGAAGCUUUUGCUAAGCAUGGUGAACGCCGUGAUCGUUUGACUAGAGCCAUUAUGGAGGAGCAUACUGCUGCUCGUUUAAAAUCUGGAGGAACCAAGCAGCAUUUUGUUGAUGCAUUGCUCACCCUACAAAAGCAAUAUGACCUGAGUGACGAUACUGUCAUCGGCCUUCUUUGGGACAUGAUUACUGCAGGAAUGGACACAACUGCAAUCUCUGUAGAGUGGGCAAUGGCCGAGCUUAUCAAGAACCCAAGGGUGCAACAAAAAGCCCAAGAGGAAUUAGAUAAUGUUAUUGGAUAUGAACGUGUGCUCACAGAGCCUGACUUUUCCAACCUUCCCUACCUCCAAUGUGUAGCAAAAGAGGCAUUGCGGUUGCACCCUCCAACCCCACUCAUGCUCCCUCACAAAGCAAACACAAGUGUCAAAGUUGGUGGCUAUGACAUCCCUAAAGGCUCCAACGUUCAUGUAAACGUUUGGGCUGUUGCCCGUGACCCUGCUACAUGGAAAAACGCACUAGAGUUUCGUCCUGAACGGUUCCUAGAGGAGGAUGUGGAUAUGAAAGGACACGAUUAUAGACUUUUGCCAUUUGGUGCAGGAAGGAGAGUAUGUCCAGGUGCACAAUUAGGUAUUAAUUUGGUUACCUCUAUGUUGGGUCACCUACUACACCAUUUCUCCUGGGCUCCAGCUAAUGGCCUGAGCCCAGAAGAAAUUGACAUGUCAGAAAAUCCCGGGUUGGUCACGUACAUGCGGACUCCUCUAGAAGCCAUCGCCACACCUAGGUUGCCAGCCAUUUUGUACAAACGUAUGGCCGUGGAUAUGUAAUCAAUUUUCUUCGAGUUUCUUCAAGGAUUCAGUUUACUUUGGGAAUUUGUGUUUUAUCAAGAGAUGUAAAAGUUAAGGUCUUGCAAAUUUGUUUAUGUUAUGCUAAUAGGAUACCACAAAAACAUAUAUGAAAGGCAUUCUCAGAAAAUUCUCAAGCUUUUUCUAUAA